AGGUGCAUUAUAUGUAGAAGUACUACAUAAAGAAGAGAAAACAUAGUUGAAGUAUAAAUAUGAAAAAAAAGACCCUUGAACACAAGAAAUUUUGCAUUUAGACUUGGUAAAUAUGGUGUCUCUUCCUUCUCGCCCACUGGUCACUCGAGUUUACUCUAGGCGUCCUUCACAACCACCUCAGACACAUGUCCUACAUCGAUGGCUUCUUCAACAUUUGAUCCGAAAUUGAGUGAUGAUCUACCCAUUGUCCUUUGAAAAGUGCAAUGAUUGAGGAGAUGACUGCAUUGGAUGAGAAUGGUACUUGAGAUUUAGUCUCGCGUCUGGUAGGAAAGAAGACUAUCAGAUGUAAAUGGGGGGUGUUUGCUAUAAAAGCCAAUCCUGACGGAACAGUGACUCGCUUGAAAGCUCGUCUUGUUGCCAAAGGUUAUGCCCAAAUCUAUGGAACUGAUUAUUCUGCUACAUUUUCUCCUGUUGGAGGAAGUUUACAUGGAGCAACCACCUGGGUUUGUUGCUUGGGGUGAGAGUGAUAAGGUGUGUUGUCUUCGAAAAUAUUUGUAUGGACUGAAACAAAGUCCUCAUGCAUGGUUUGGUAUAUAUCCUCCCAAGACUUUUCUUCAGCGUCAAUUUCAUACUAAAGAUUUGGGAUAAUUGAAGCAUUUCUUGGGUAUUGAAGUAAUGAGAAGCAAGUUGGGAGGAUGUCUUAUUUUCCCUCCUUGUACUCUUUCGUUAAUGAAAAGACAGCCAAAACGACACCUUCUUACAACUGGUUGGAGUGUGUUUGUUAGUGCCAAAAGAUUGGUUGCUGGGGAUUCUGUACUUUUUAUAUGGAAUGAAAAAAAUCAGCUUCUUUUGGGUAUACGCCGUGCCACAAGACCACAAACUGUGAUGCCCUCUUCUGUUUUAUCAAGUGAUAGCAUGCACAUUGGACUCCUCGCUGCUGCAGCUCAUGCUGCUGCAACGAAUAGCUGUUUCACAGUGUUCUACAACCCCAGGGCUAGCCCAUCAGAGUUUGUCAUCCCUCUGACAAAAUAUGUUAAAGCUGUAUUUCAUACCCGUGUUUCAGUAGGAAUGCGUUUUCGGAUGCUUUUUGAGACUGAAGAGUCAAGCGUGCGAAGGUACAUGGGUACUAUAACUGGAAUAAGUGAUCUCGACCCUGUUCGCUGGCCGAAUUCUCAUUGGCGUUCUGUCAAGGUAGGGUGGGAUGAGUCAACAGCUGGGGAGAGGCAGCCAAGGGUAUCAUUGUGGGAAAUUGAGCCUUUGACUACAUUUCCUAUGUAUCCGUCUCUGUUUCCACUUAGACUCAAACGUCCAUGGCAUCCUGGAGUCUCUUCUGUUCAUGAUAACAGAGAUGAUGCAUCUAAUGGCUUAAUGUGGCUUCGGGGAGGAGUCGGGGAACAGGGUCUACACUCAUUGAAUUUGCAAUCUGUGGGAUCCCUGCCCUGGUUGCAGCAGAGACUUGAUUCUUCCAUGUUUGGAAAUGAUCAUAAUCAACAGUAUCAAGCCAUGUUGGCUGCCGGAAUGCCAAACAUUGGAGGUGUUGAUAUGCUGAGACAGCAAAUUAUGCAUCUUCAACAACCUUUCCAAUAUAUUCAACAGGCAGGCUUCCAUAACUCUCUGUUGCAGAUGCAACAGCAGCAACAACAGCAGCAGCAGCAGCAGCAGCAGCAACAACAGCAAUUGGUUCAACAAUCCAUGCCUCAGAACAUUCUGCAGGCACCAAGCCAAGUUAUGGCAGAAAAUCUACCUCAACAUAUUCUCCAGCAAACUCUACAAAAUCAACCUGAGGAUCUGCCAAACCAGCAACAGCAUACUUAUCAUGAUACCAUUCAGGUUCAAAGCAAUCAAUUCCAUCAGGGUGGGCAUUCAAAUGUGCCAUCACCCACAUUUCCCAGAACAGACCUUAUGGAUUCCAACACAAAUUACUCGGAAUCCAUUACCUCGAGAAGAAAUAUACUUGCUUCAUCAUGUGCUGAAGGGACGGGAAAUUUUUCCAAUAUCUACAGAAGUGGGCAGUCAAUCCUAACUGAGCAGUUACCUCAACAAACCCCUGUUUCUAAGAAUGCUCAUUCACAGGUUGAUGCUCACCCGAACUCAAUGUCAUUUCCACCAUUUUCUGGUAGAGACUCAAUUUUGGAGCUGGGAAAUUGUAAUUCAGAUUCUCCAAGUCCUACACUUUUUGGUGUAAAUAUUGAUUCAUCUGGACUUCUUCUUUCCUCUAAUGUGCCCACUUACGCUUCUCCAUCAAUUGGUCCUGAUUCAUCCUCCAUGCCACUGGGAGAUUCUGGAUUUCAGAAUUCUCUGUACAGUUGUGUCCAAGACUCUUCUGAGUUGUUGCACAACUCAGGGCAAAUUGAUCCAUCAAAUCCAACUCGGACAUUUGUGAAGGUUUAUAAAUCCGGAUCUGUUGGGCGCUCACUAGACAUCUCCCGGUUCAGCAGCUAUCAGGAGCUGCGAGAGGAGCUGGCUCAGAUGUUUGGAAUCGAGGGACAGUUGGAAGACCCUCAUAGAUCAGGCUGGCAGCUUGUAUUUGUCGACAGGGAGAAUGAUGUACUUCUCCUUGGAGAUGACCCUUGGGAGGCAUUUGUCAAUAAUGUCGGGUAUAUCAAGAUACUUUCUCCCCAGGACUUUCAGAAACUAGGGGAACAGGCAAUCGAGUCCUUCAACCCUAUCGUUGGUCAGCGACUUACCAGUGGUGGCAAUGAAGCUGGAAAUGUUUCGGGACUACCGUCUGUUGGUUCGCUAGAAUAUUGAACUUGUAAGGGAGUUGUGUUGCAAGGUUCGAGAGAUGUUUACUUCGGAACUCGCAAUUAAACUAGAUAUGCAGUUGGAAUGCCUUCAAAUUAGAUCAGUGUGUGUAAACUCUUUUGUAUUCAUAAUUUCUUUUGCUUAUAAGUACUCUAAAACAGUUAUCAUUUCCAAAGAUUAUGUGGUUAAAAUACAUGUACGUUGUUUACUUAGAUAAGAAAUAUAACACGUUGAACAUUUCUAGCA